CAGACGAGUGUAAUGUAACACGUAACCUAACGCGUAAUGCAAGGCGAAUUCUUUGUGUGGACGCUACUACGAGCAUUACAUGUAACGCUCGCCCAACCGUUCGACCGGAUCCAUCGGGGUGUCGGUUUUUUGUGCGAACACAAAGGCGCUCGCAGUUCUCGUUUGGACGGCGUUCGUGACAGUUGUGCAGUGUGGACGUUCAUGAUGUGGAGUGACGAACAGUCGCUUGAACUUAUUGGUUUAUACCAAGGAAAACCAGAAAUUUGGAAUCCUAAAAACCCGGAUUAUUUCAAAAAAAAUCUGAAAAACGAUGCAUGGAGUGAAAUUGCCCUUUCAUUGGGAAGAGAAGUAGAAGAAUGCAAGAACAAAAUUAUUAGUUUGCUGGCUUCACAUCGAAGGGAAAGAGGGAAAGUAAAGAAGAGUCAAGGUACCGGAACAGGUGUUGAUGAAACAUACAAAAGUACAUGGUUUGCUUACGAGGCGCUCGCAUUUUUAGGGGACAGAAAUAACCCAAGAAAACGUCUUAAUACUGAGGUAACUGCAUACAGCUUGUCUUUUUGGAUGAAAAAAAGAAAAAAAAUCCACUUAACAAUACGUACUCUGCCAAGAAACUUUGCCCUCUUCUAGAAAAUAGUCAGUAAACUCAAUUCUGAUUUGUU